AUGCACCCAGCUGUAGUUGCGAGUAUGGUUGUUGGCGGUGUAGUGGUUCUCUACGCCGUAUAUUGUGCUGUCAAAGAAUAUAUUGAUGAACCUAUAGACGUCUUGGUUGACAAUGAGAAGUCUGAGAGAGAGACCAAGGUCAAGUCAGAAGACAAACAGAGUACUAAUAUGAGUACUUCCGUCGUCGCCUCGGAAGCAACUAGCUUACGGCAGAGGACGAGAACGAGGACUUCCAGGCAGAGGUCUAGCGAUUCGCAAGCGACGACUUCUCAAGUUAGCAUGAUUCAGAAGCACGACGUAAGUGUCAAUAGACUAAUUAUUCUUGUUCAUAGAGCCGACUGUCGAUAUAGUAUGUUUAUCCGUUGUUUCUUGGGCGAAAAUGAUUUUUUACAGUCUGAAGAAGAAGAAAGACUUCUCGAACAACUCUCUUAUUUCACGGCAGUAGAACAAGAAAUCGAACGUCGUAAACGUCGGCUGGCUGCCGAAGAGGAUCAACUCCUUCAGCGCGAACGAGAGAUCCAGCGUCGACGUCAAUACCUCGAAUCCUUGAGUGAUUCCCACUCAAGUCCCGCUUCCUCCGAAAAUGGUACAUCUGAAGCUCAUCAAACGUCCACUACUGACCUCACAGCUGUCUCUUCCACGCCCGCUGUUGCUUCUGCGCUUUUUGACAAUUCAGAUAUAAAGCAAACAUCCCCUCCUCCGUACAGAGUGGUUGACCCAAUUGCGCUGACCGGUUUAUCGUCUAUUCCGGCUGUUGGUGAGGCAGACAAGAACAAUAAUAAGACUACUGUUGAUAGCAAUACGUUGGCUGAACAGAAACCCAUUAGGAAACGAGUAGCUGCUUCUGAAGAAGAAUGGUGUGAUGUUGGGUCUGUAGCUAGCGAGACCUUUGGAACUAUGUCAUCUGCAGCCGAUGUUGAUUGGAACAACCUCAAAUAA